AUCAAGAUGCAGUGUUUUAACGAUGGGGGAGAGAGCGAAUACAGCAAUGUCAUGAUCUGUGAGACCAAAGCACGCCAGCCCCCAGGGGUCCCCAGCCAGGCCCCCAUCACCAUGCCCCCCUACCCCCUGGACCCCCCCAGCGCCCCGGGUGGCCUGCUCUACCUGAUUGUAGGCUGCGUUCUGGGGGUGAUGGUGCUCAUCCUUUUGGUGUUCAUCGCCAUGUGCCUGUGGAGGAAUCGCCAGCAGAACAGCAUGCACAAAUACGACCCCCCGGGCUACCUGUACCAGCCGGCCGAGAUGAAUGGCCACGUUCUGGAGUACACCACUCUGCCGGCCACCAGUCGCAUCAACGGCGGCGUCCACGGGGGCUACGGGCACAAUGGGCCCAUGCUGCCCCAAGGCUGUCAUCACCUCCACCACAAGCUGCCAAACGGCCUGGCACUGCUGAACGGCUCGGUCGCAAUGUACCCGCCGGGCCACCCACACAGCCACGAUGGCACCCUGCCCCGGAACACGAUGGAGUACGAGCACUCACACCCUCACCACCAUCAUAAUGGUGGAGGGCUGUACACAGCGCUGGCCCAGACAGACUCGCCUGACUGCAUGAGCUGCCAGAACUUCUGCAACAACAACAGCAGAUGUUACACCAAGACCAACGGCACGUUCUCCGGCGGCACUCUGCCCCUAAUGCACCGCGUGGCGCCGUGCCAGCAGGACGGCCUGGAGAUGGUGCCCCUGGGCCAGGCCUCGUCGCAUGGCCAGCGCCCUGACAGCCAGCAGCUGCUCCCUGGGGACGCCGACCCAGACCCGGAGGCAGGGGAACAACCGCUGGAGGACAGGGACUCGUCUCACUCCCUAUCCCAGCUCUCCUGCUGUCAGGUCGGGGUGCACGAGGACUGCUCCAGAGAGGACACAGUGGAGAAGGAUCCUCAGAGUGUGGAGGAGGAUGGGCCUGUGGUCUGCUGGGAAAGCCUGGGCCUGAGUCUGCCUGACUUGGACUGUAAGGAGAAGAGAGGCUGGAUCUCCAACAGCAGUCUGGCCGGAGAUCUCAUUCAGCCCAGCCCACAGGAGGCCUGAAAACACACAUUAGAGUUCGAGCACACACACAUGCACACACAAAGACACUCUCUUGCACACACACACACACAAUCACACACGCUCCCAAGGAGCGGUCGAGAAACAAGGGAGACAGAAAAAGAGAUCAAAGGAGGGGAAAAUGCGUUCUUUGGGAAAAGAGGAUUUUCAGCUGGCAUGGCCAGAGACACUGUGUGACAUGGUGACAAGGACACUAAACUGGCUGUGGACUACGCUGGGACAACCAGCAUGGAGAGACAGAGAGAGGGAGAGACCGAACGCCAAACGGAGAGCAGAAAAGCAGAUGGAGGGAAGCGAGACAGAGAGAACAAGACUCAAAACCGAAACUUUAACCCAACGAAGGGAGGACCCUUAAAAAAGAUUUCAAAAACUCUUUAGAUUACUUAUUUAUUUUUUUGUAGUAGAAAAAUAUUAUUUCAUAUGAAUGUAUCUGUUUUAAGAAAAAAGCUUGUCUUUUAUAUUAUUUAUGCCUUCUGGAUGAGAAAUGCCUUUUAUUUUUUUGUUGUUUUAUGUGUUGUUUUGUGUUCCACACAGUGUGGAGAUUAGCAACUCUGUGUAAAGUUUUGUAAUAAUAUAAAGAGAAGAUAUGGAAGAGUAAAGAUCCUACUUUCAAUGUC